GUCAUCUAGCGGACCUCAGUCACAUUCAGCUGGGCUCUAUAUUAAAACAUCGACCACGGGUCUGGAGCUACGCAUGAAAACACUACGUUCUGUGACAAAACAGUAACAUAUCGGUAAGCGCCUUUCCCUCACUUUACUUGGCUGUCUGAAGACCACACAAGUCUGCUCCGAUGCGUCCCCGGUGAAAUGGGUGUGGCGAGAACACAUCCGGAAAUUUGGACUGAACUUGGCUACGGCACUAGGCUAGAUGUGAACUAUGAAUUCUAACAGUACUUGGGCUGUGACUGAAGACGUGUCACAAGUCCACAAGAACACAAGUCCGCACAAGAACGCAUACUGAGAAACGGCUUCGGUCUCGGGCUGUGGUCUGGGGUUGCCUUGGGGAUAAAUCCGCGCCCACUUGCAAUCUGGAUCAGAGGAGUCUCACAUGCGUUAUCAUUGCUGCUACGCUCCACCUCUCUUUUACAGUCUUUUAAAGAUGGAUUUAAUAUCUCGACCAGAACUGUUCAAUUUCCAUGGAGUCUGGAUGACGCACCUUGUGACAGGUAACUGGGAGAACAUUCAAAACUUUCGGGCCAGGCCAGAUGAUAUACUCAUUGCUUCAUACCCCAAAGCAGGAAACACGUGGUUCUCCUACAUCCUUGACCUGCUGUAUUUUGGUCAGACAUCUCCAGAGCGUCAGACGUCUGUCCCUCUGUAUGCAAGGGUGCCUUUCUUGGAGGUCCACAUACCUUCUCUGCAGCCAGGAUCAUGGCCCCCACCUAUAGUCAAAGGAACAGAGCUGGUAGACAAGCUCCCCACCUCUCCUCGCAUCAUCAAGACUCAUCUGCCAGUCCAGUUUGUGCCAAAGUCCUUUUGGGAGCAAAACUGCAAGAUAGUCUAUGUGGCCCGCAAUGCAAAGGACAGUGUGGUGUCUUAUUUCCAUUUUGAACACAUGACCGUGAUCAACCCAGAGCCUGAAGACUGGAACAGCUACCUCCAAAGAUUUUUAGAGGGAAAGGUGGUGUUUGGAUCCUGGUACGACCAUGUGAACGAUUGGUGGGAGAACAAACAGAGUUAUCCAAAUCUCUAUUACAUGUUCUAUGAAGAAAUGAUCGAGGAUACUGGACGAGACCUAGACAAACUCUGCUGCUUUCUUGGUUUGUCUCCUUCAGCUGAGGAGAAGGAAGAGAUUCUAAGAAAAGUGCAGUUUGAUAAAAUGAAAAAGAACGACAUGGUUAACUUUUCUACGUUCCGGGCGAUGGAUUUCAAAAAGUCUACCUUUAUGAGGAAAGGGAAGGUUGGUGACUGGAAGAACCAUUUCACUGUGGCCCAGAGUGAACAGUUUGAUGAAGACUACAAGAACAAGAUGAAGAAUUCUACACUGCAAUUUCGCACUGAAGUUGAGAGCAAGCGGCAGCCUACAGGGCUGAACAAUGAAGCCAACACCGAAGUGCCAGACACUGCACAUCUAGAACUCAGCUUGUGUUCAUGUGCUGCACAGAUUAAUUUGUCAUCAGAGGGGAGGACUGUUAAAGAUUUACCACUGACACAAAUAAGCUCGGAUAAAAGGAAAAAACAACCAGAAAAGAGCAACAAGAUGGAUGCAAUUUCUCGACCAGAACUGUUUGAAUUCCAAGGAAUCUGGUUGACGCACUAUUAUACAGACAACUGGGAGAACUUUGAAAACUUUCAGGCCAGGCCAGAUGAUAUACUUAUUACAUCAUACCCCAAAGCAGGAAACACCUGGAUCUCCCACAUCCUUGACCUGCUGCAUGUUGGUCCAACAUCUGAUCCUCUCUAUAAAAGAGUGAUUCCCUUGGAGAUCUGCAUGCCACGUGUGCCAGGAUUAGGGCCUUCUCCACCAGUGCUAAAAGGACCAGAGCUAGUGGACAGGCUCACCCACUCUCCUCGAAUCAUCAAGACUCAUCUUCCAGUCCAGUUUGUGCCAAAGUCCUUUUGGGAGCAAAACUGCAAGAUCACCUACGUGGCCCGCAAUGCAAAGGACAGUGUGGUGUCUUAUUUCCAUUUUGAACACAUGACUAUGAUUCACCCAGAGCCUGAAGACUGGAGCAGCUACCUCCAGAGAUUCAUGGAGGGAAAGAUGGUCUUUGGAUCCUGGUACGACCAUGUGAGCGGCUUUUGGGAGAAGAAACAGCAUUAUCCAAAUCUCCACUACAUGUUCUACGAAGAUGUGAUCAAGAAUACUGGACAAGAACUAGACAGACUCUGCUGCUUUCUUGGUCUGUCUCCUUCAGCUGAGGAGAAGGAAGAGAUUCUCAGAAGAGUGCAGUUUGAUGAAAUGAAAAAGAAUGACAAGGUUAACCAAUCAAUGGUCGGAGUGAUGGAUUUCAAAAAAUCUUCCUUCAUGAGGAAAGGAAAAGUUGGUGACUGGAAGAACCAUUUCACUGUGGCCCAGAGUGAAGAGUUUGAUGAAGACUACAAGAAAAAGAUGAAGAAUCCUACCCUGCAGUUUUGUACUGAAGCUUAGAGGUUGUGA